UUUUGUCUAUUUAGGCAGUUGUUAUACCACAUUUGAUGCUAAGUUAUUACAUCAAUGGUUGCACAAAGUCAAAGAUAUGGCUUUUUUAUUCAUUUGAUAUUUUAUUUUAUUAUUGAUUUUAUUGAUAAGAUCGAGAUAUCAUUCUUGCCACAAGAACAUACAAUCCAUAUCCUUCCACAGCUGUGUAUAAUGUUCUGUUUAUUAUGUGGACUUGCAUAACGUAAGCUAUAGAAGCAAAAGAAAGAGGGAAAUUUUUUUGUUUACGUAUAUGUCACUCUAAGCGCACUAUAAUGAGUCCACAUUCAGCAUUUUCAAAAUAACGAUUCACAUAUGUCCAGCUGUAAAAUAUAAAUUAUUUCGUUACAAGUGAAAGGUACAAUACAAAAGAACUACUUCGUUGCAAGUAAAUAUACUUCAUUGGGUUAAAAGCGGUUGAAAAAAGCGCUAUCCGUAUCUUUACAAUCAGCAUUAUUUAUAUGUGAAUAUAUCUAUAUAAGAGAGAAAAAAAUGCAGUAAAUUCGCCCUUCAAAGAAGCACAGGUAUCUAGGACAUAAUAACUAUGCUAGGACCAAGUAAAUAAAAGACAGGAGUCGUAUUCGUUUUAAAAUAGUCGUUUAACCAUUUUUUGCCUGACUCAAAGACGUAUUUGAAUUGAGCCUAGAGGGGUUAAAAAAACAAAUUCAUGCCUCAUGCCUCAGCAUGUAAUAUUUAUUUAAAUCAUUAAAAAAGGUAUUGUUUGAACAAGUUGCCUUGUUAAAAAUCAACAAUGAAACCAGCAGAGUAAGUGAAUAAAAGCUUUGUCAAAGGCAAAGCCUUCGUUUACAGGAAGCAGUCAAUGUAAUGUUUGAAAUAGAUUGUAAUAAAAAACUUGGAUGUUCGUAUAGGCACGAAUAUUUUUGCCUCACUAAGGGCUAUUUGAAAUGAACUUUGAAGAGAAAAAAAAAACAAAGUAAUGCCCACACAAAACAUUAAGUGUAUUAAAAUAACAAUGAUUGGUUUUUAAGUGGUUUUUGAAACGAAACUAACAAGCAGCUGGAAGUUUAUUUCGAAUUGGGCUUAAAAUACACUUAAACUUAUAAGCUGAAAUUCCAUUCUAUCCCGGCAAAGUCUGGCAAACUCUUAAUUUAGUUGACAAAAUACACCGUAAUCUUUGCUAGUAUGCUUUCUUAUCUUCACGCGAACCCUCGUUUUUUGUCAUCUGAUUCAUUGGAGAAAAAUCCAAAAUUGCAAUUAGAUGGCUUGUUCAACAAAGCAGCAUGGGGGUAACUAGGGCUAAGGUAAUGAAACAAGAUACUUUGAGAUAUUUGUUGGUUGGUUAGUCAUGUCGUGGAAGAAAGCAAUGCAGUACCCUUUAGUUUUCUAGAAACACACGCAAACAACUUUAAGAAUAAAGGUUGCAUGCUCAGUUGAAUACAGUAACCAUUCAUAAUGCAGUAUAACUGAGCAGGGAACUCUCAACGAGUUGGUAAAGAGCAAAAUAUUCAUCUUUGCUUUUCGAUCAAAAAUCAUGAAGAGAAACUAUCUAUAGGCUAGAGCUAUGUAUCGUCUCAAAUAAAAAAAGCAAGGUUAUUUAUUGCUUUGAAUAAACUAUAUGUGCAUUGUCGUAAAAAGAAUUGCCAGAAUUCAUCACUGUUUAAUCGAAAGUACCGUGACUAUUUUUAGUGCACAUACACGUAUAUAAAUAAUAUAUUGCCACGUCCUCGUCAGGGGAAAGCCCAGUACGGGCAGUAGGUAUAUUGGCAUUAUUAUCUACCUUGGCCUUGGCAGUCUUUCAACAACAUGCGAUUACACCACUUCCUUUGGUAUGGACUAACAUGCAUGCCUCAGCAGGCUCCAUAUAAAUAGUGACUGACAAUUCAGUCGGUGAAAAUAAUGUGUGGACUAAAACGAAAGGGAAAACCCCUCUCGCUGCUCACAUAUGAAUAAAAUCCCGCCAGUGGGCCUCUCAGUUUGGUUCGACGUUUUGUAUCGACGCAGUUCUUCGUGAUGUCUCUGAGAAACAGUUUAAAUGAUGACAUUUGGAAAGAUAUCUCGGAACUCAAUGACAAGAAGCAAAGAGAAUUACUAAAAUGGCAUUUACAAGCCAGACAACCGAUCUGCAAAUUCGCAGACAUGCACGCUGGUGAUCAUUUGAUCAAGAAAAAAUCCGUCUCCGGAAAGGUGUUGUAUUACCACCAUUUUCUCUGCACUGGAUCGGAAGGAGAAAGCCGGCCAACAAUCAUUCACUACUCUAACACUGCAAACAACGCGUUUCGACAGGCUUUUAGUACGUUUUCUUUCGGUUCUGGGUCUGCUCUUGGACAAUUAGGCAUUGUUCAAGAAAUUACAUUACCGCAUAAAGAUUUUAUCGAAAGCGAAAGUGAGCUUAUAGAGAAAGGAGCAGAAGUCGAAAGAGUUGUCUGGCCUGAGGAACUGAGACGCUUUCCUUCGAAAGAGGUCAUUGAACGGGCUAGAGAAAGAAAGGAUGAAAAGUACUAUAAUUUAGCAAAAAAUAAUUGCGAGUCCUUUGUGAUGUGGUGUUUAUGUGAUUGGAAUAUCAGUCUUCAAUCCACCACAAUGGUUCUUUCCCUCGUGGAGAUUGCAGGCGGGCUUGCCAGGACAGGAUUUCAAGGAUUACAACAAGUCCCGAAAGUGGUCACGGAAUGUGUGGAAAAAAAGCUUGCUCGCACCGCCUUCGGGAAUUGGAUUGGCAUAAAAGGAGCCGAUGGCAUUUCAGGGCUUGGCUCAAUCUUCGGCGUGGCUUCCACAUUAGUUUUUGAAAUCGGUAAUGCAGUCUAUAGCAUUUAUGAAGCCAAACAGAAGUGGAAUGAAGGCAAUUUGAUCAAAACUAGAGAGGACUUUAUCAAGGAAGUCAUAGAUACAGUCUUGUUAGCUUCAUCUCGCUCGGGUUCAAGUAUUGUAGGGAUGUUUCUUGGGCAGUGUAUCAUCCCAAUACCAUUUGUCGGCAGUUUCAUUGGCCUGUUGAUUGGAAACCUCUUUGGGCAUUUUGCUGGAAAGGGACUCGCCGAGACCUGUACAAAGUAUCUCGCAUCUGCUGUUGAUAAUCAUACGGGAGGGACUAAAAAACUGGAUUAAUUUGGAACACGGCGACUUUUUGAGCGUUUUUACCUUCGUUUCUGUAUCAAAAAUGGUUUCAAACACCGCCAGAAGUUAAAGCUAAUUCAACAUAUCGCAUGAGGAUUUUUUUUCAUCGGAUCGUGUGGAAGGGCAUAAAAACGAUAAACUAUAGGCGAAAACGAGUUUGAAAACGCUCAAAAACGACGCUCGUGUGCACAUAGCUUGAAUAGCAUGAAUGGUAAAUUUUGCACUAUCACUAUGGUAGAUGUACAAUUCUUGAAUUGAUAUUUAAUAAGGUUUAUUACCCUUGUAAAUAAAAGUAUAUAUGAUUUGUCUGACAUUGUAAUAAACUUUAAAAACGGGGAUGAAUAUGGAAUAAAAUAACAAAAACGCAGUUGUGAGAUUAAUUAUUUGCCUUAAAAAAGGUUGUCCAAUGCAUGGCAUGUAACAGCUAAUUGGUUCAUAUUCC